GCGAGCGUCGCAGUUUACUCACAUCUCACGAGCAGGCUCACUCCACAGUUGAGAGGAAGAAAAAGCCGGUACCGACUGCACUGCACGUGUUUUCCGGAUAUAAUUGUGUGUGUUUACGCGAUAAAAAUGAGUUUCUUAAAGCUGUGUAGGAUAAAUCAAUUUCUCCCGUGACGGGGAUAUUUUUUGACGCGUUUUUUGGGGAGUAUUCCCAGAAGUCGGAGGUUGUUCUACAACACAUUUUCUUCUUCUUCAAGAAUGGACAAGACCCAUCUUGCGAGCUCUAAUGACAUCAUAAUGACAAGCUCAACAGGCCCUUACCAACAGGAGCCCCUGACUCCACCCAGGCCGGCCCACCUCCACUCCUCAUCCUCCUCCUUAUCCUCGCCCUCUCCUUCCUCUUCCUCCUCGCCCCUCAAGCCCAACCAAGUCGGCCAGGUCAUCCUGUACGGUGUUCCCAUUGUGUCGCUGGUCAUCGACAACAACGAGAGACUUUGCUUGGCGCAGAUUUCCAACACGCUCCUCAAGAACUACAGUUACAAUGAGAUCCACAAUCGCCGCGUGGCCCUGGGCAUCACCUGUGUCCAGUGCACUCCGGUCCAGUUGGAGAUCCUCCGCAGAGCCGGUGCCAUGCCCAUCUCGUCGCGCCGCUGCGGCAUGAUCACCAAGCGGGAGGCCGAGCGCCUGUGCAAGUCCUUUCUGGGAGAGAACGCGCCGCCAAAGCUGCCCGACAACUUUGCCUUCGACGUGACGCACGAGUGUGCCUGGGGUUGUCGCGGCAACUUCAUUCCGGCGCGCUACAACAGUUCUAGGGCCAAAUGCAUCAAGUGCUCUUUCUGCAACAUGUACUUCUCCCCGAAUAAGUUUAUUUUCCACUCCCACCGCACGCCAGACGCCAAGUACACUCAGCCUGAUGCUGCCAACUUCAACUCCUGGCGAAGACACCUCAAACUCAGUGACAAGCACCCGGCUGAUGAGUUGGUUUACGCGUGGGAGGACGUCAAAGCUAUGUUCAACGGAGGCAGUCGAAAGAGAGCGCUGCCCUCUUCGUCUCACUGUUCCUCCAUUGGUAUGAAGACUCUCCCGGGUUCGGUUGUGCCUCACAUGAUGGGACCCGACCUGGGUGCUCAGAAAAGAGCCCGCUUUGAAGACGAGGAUGAUCUGGACGGAGACAGCCUGUCUCCGCGCAAGACGCCACGUAGCUACCCGGUCAUCCCUGUCCCAAGCAAAGGCUUUGGCAUGCUGCAGAAGUUUCCUCCCACGUCGCUCUUCCCCUCCCCUUAUCCUUUUCCGGCAUUUGGUCUCUGCCAGCAGAAAAAAGACGACAGCGAUGUUUCGGCCGGGCAGAAAGGACCGGGACUGUCGGGUCUUUUAUGGCCUGGCCGUAAAGACACUUUUUAUCCUCCCUUCUGCAUGUUUUGGCCGCCGAGAGCGGCGGGAGGAAUACCCGUCCCCACCUACCUCCAGCCUCAGCCCAGCACCCUCUCCUCCCUGGCAGACAACCCCUCUCUCAGGCAGGCCUUCCUUGAUCUCUCAGACCCCAGUGAAUCUGCAGCCGUAAGCAGCAACGGAAACGGCGUCAGCUCGACCAUGGCCCCCAGCAACGGCUCCACCGCGCCCAGAUCCGGCCUCUUCGAACCAGAGUGCACUACAAUUACCCCUGACCUGCGCCCUGUGACGUCUGAGGGCUGGCUCAAGCUGCUGGACACCCCAAACCUCCAAGCAAGGAAACCUAACUAUGGCUCCGCUUUCCGUCCCGUCAUUAAAGAUGCAGAGAGCAUCGCCAAGCUCCACGGCAGUGGCGCAGGAGGCACUGGGACGACGGACGAAGACUUCGGGGUCGCGGUCGCCGGGUCCGACCGACACCAGCGACUGUCGCCCACCAGCAGCUGCAGCUAUGGGAGCGAAAGCGGAGGCGACGGGGAGGCGGAAGGAGGGGAGAGCGAGGAGGAAGGGGAAGUGGAUGUGGAGUCGUCGAAGCAGGAGGACGAGGAAGAGGAGGGGAGCUUCGCCAGCAGGCCGCCGCAGACUCAAACCAGCCUGUACCUCCCCGCGCUGAGCGACGGCGCCGGAGAGGAGAGGGGGAAAGAUAGAGGGAGUGGCGCGAUGUACCCCGGCACCUCCCCUCGAUCCUCCACGGAUCCCGUCCACCAGGAGUCCCCCAGCCUGCCAGCCUCACCUCGUGCCAGCUUGCCUCUAUCCAGCUCCACCCCACCUCACAGAGAGGACACAGCUUACAAAAACGUGCACAAAAACAGAGACGAAGGCCUCCCCGCAUACGCAACCAAAGACAGCUCCUGCGUUUCUGAUGAAAACAAAGAGCAGAACAGUUUCUUUGUACCGGAGACUGAGACGUCAGCGCCGGACUAUUGGAGAGAAAGCUCAGGUGAUCAGAGCCACGGUGCCGCUUCCCCGGUUCAGCUAAAGAAGGACGUUGAGAACAUGGAGAAAGAGGAGCUUCAGAAGGUUCUGCUGGAGCAGAUCGACUUCAGGAGGAGACUGGAGCAGGAGUUUCACGCUCUGAAGGGCACCUCUCCAUUUCCUGUCUUCCAUCAUUUUCAAGAUCAGAUGAAACGCGAGCUCGCCUACAGAGAGGAGAUGGUCCAGCAGCUGCAGAUGAUUCCCUACGCAAACAUGAUCAGGAAAGAAAAGAUCAGCUCCCAUCUCAACAAGUAGCUGAGAGGCAACAAAAUGAAGAAGAGUGAAGCUACGCAGUGUUUUUAAAGGACACAAAAACUGAAUGAAAAACGUAAACGAGAGACACAGACACUAGAGUACACACAGACAUUUCUUAGGUUUUCCUGGGACAGCGAUCAUUCCACCGCUUCUGAUACCUCUGUUAAUAGCCCUGCACGUCGCUGUGGGGCAGCAGCCUGGUAAAAGACCCUCGGCUGUUUCCCUGGGUCAAGUUACUUUCCCAAACUUAACACACGGUAACUGACACAAACAUCGUGGAGACACUUUGGAAGCUUUAUCCAACCAGGACCAAAGCAAACGCUGCCUUCACUGCCCCGUGUGAACUUUCCCGGGCUGUUGCAGACCAACAGGAGGACAGCGGUCGUCAGAAAACCCCAUUUCCAGACUCUUUAGAGAUGAACGCUCACAAAUCCAGACAGACUGGGUGUUGUUACGUAGCUCUGACUACUGAUGGCACGAAUGUACAGACACCAGAGUACGGACAAGGACGGCGUUCACACUUAGAAUGUCCCUGUUGUUGUUGCCGUCGCACCGAUGGCACCGGGCUGGGAUCAUAAAGGGAAACAACCAACCUUUAUUUAUUGUGGGUUCGGUCACGUUCAGCUGUGACUCCCUCCUGUAAAACACACGUCAUCAUCCGAGCCACUUAUCAGGACAGCAGGAAACAGCAAGUAUCGAUGUUUUAGGUUUUAAACCUAUAGUAAAAAAAGGUUCACACGUUAUCCAGACUGUACACAGCCAUAGGCUUACUGUUUGUACAAAAAAGUAUUCUAUUCACUUCAGAUGUCACAGCAUUGUCAUUAUACAAUGUCACGUCUGAUUAUACACUUUUCAGUUUUUUAUUUCUACAAAGAAAGUUAUCCUGUGUCACAUUUACUGUAUCAGACAGAGCAGCUGGAAUUUAAAUCACUUGCUAAAAGUCACACCGACGCUAAUUUCUACUCUACACAAAUAUUGUGUUACAGCCUCAAAUCGUCACCAUGUACAAAGGUAAUGUUGACGGUGAACAGACAAUUGAAGGCCGACUGCUUGCCUUCUCUCCAAAAGAGUGUCCGGGCAACAAGCAGCAAAUGCCCGAUCUGUUAUUGUACAGUUGUAUGUAAAUGAUUUCACCUGACUGCAUAAAAUGUCAAACAUGAGAAUACUGGAUGCAGUCAGUCUGUCUAUAUGUGUUUGUUUGGUCAUUUAUUUGAGUAAAACCCCGAGACCCUGAUUGUGAAAAUAUUAUUUAUUAUAAUGUUAAAUGAAAAAGACAGAGACACGAUGAUGAUGAUGAUGAUGGUGCAGUCAAGUGUAUGACAAAAAAAGAAUAAAAAUGACCACCUUGUUUAUAGAAUGAAUGGAGAAGGUCGUCAUUUAAUGAGAAAAUGUUAUCAUUAUAAACCGUUAAUGCAGAUGUAUUUCAAAAUGUUCUUGUAGUUUCUCUACUAUUUAUGUGUAAAUUAAAAGUCUAUACAA